AUGGAUUUGACCACUAGCCCAGACUCAGUGCCACUGGUGCAUUAUGAAACCCUCAGGAAGGAGUUUGAGUCCCUGCAGGAGCAUCUGUCUCAGCUUCAGUCUGUAGAUGAGAGCUCUAGUGUGGCAGAAGAGAGGCAGGGUAACAAGUCUGAAGGAGGAGGUACGGCUGGAGAGAGUACAGAAACCCUCAAAGAAAAGCUGCGUGAGCUUGAGGAGCAGCUGGCCUCUGCACACACUGAACUGGAGGAGCUAAAAGAGCAAAUGAGUCUGGGCGUUCUCUCUGUGGACUGUGGUGAGGGGGAUUUGGCUGCGGCAGGUGCACGGGCAGAGGGUGGGUCUGUAGAGGGUCCUAGCCAGGAAGAACUGCAGCUCAGAGUCCGGGUGACUAAGCUGGAGGAGGAGCUUGUGAGCCUGCGAAAUGCUGAAGCCAAUGGUAACAGCAGUGAGGACAGUGACACAAUCAAACAGCUGACAGAGAAAGUCAAGGAACUUCAGGCUGCACUGGGGAAGAAAGACUCUAAAGCUGAGGACGAGAAGAACAAAGACGACGAAGAAUCAAGCCUUGUUAAAUCCCUUCAUGACAAAGUGGCAGAACUGGAGAGAGCAUUGGCAGAGAGCAAAUCAGGGAGUGAACGUGCAGGCAGUGGAGAGAAUGACCAAAUCUGUCGACUCCAAGAGAGACUGGGGGAGCUGGAGGCAGAGCUAAGGAAGCGUGUGCCCCGGUCAGAGCUGGAGGAGGUGCAGGUCACACUGGGGCUGCAGUGCGAACAGCUGGCCAGAGAGAGAGCCGACGUCGCACGCAGGCUCAAUGAUGCCCUCCUGGAGCUGGAGAGACUGAGGCCACAGCAACAUGGAGAUGAGGAGGAGGAGGAAGACGAUGAAGAGCAUUCACACAGCUCUGAACCCUCAGUGAGAUCAGUAGACCAUUCGAGACAUACCCUGGCUGCUGUUAGAGAGGAACUUGAAGUUGCACGACAGGAGGCAGCUCAGGCAUUGGACUGCCUGUGUGCUGAACGAGAAGGCCGAGCUCAGGAUGCCCUGCAGCUCAAAGAUGCAGUCCCACUCUCUAAACAUCAGGAGGCAGUCUCUGCAGUAUCGGAGCAACUAGCACAGACAUUACAAGAGCUCCAGGAGGAGAAGACACUAAGAGGACAAUCUGAAGAGCGAGCUGCACGGCUAGAGGUCAAACUAGAAGCUCUCCAAGACUCUGUGUCCAAAGAGGAGCAUGAGAAAGUCAAGGAAGAGCUACAGCAUGCCCUACAGGCCAUCCAGGGUAAGGCAGCAGCGGCUGAGGAUGCUUUGACUGACAAAGAGAUGGAGCUGAGAGAACUGAAGUCACAGAAGGCAGCAGAGCAGGGUCUGAUCUCCAAGGAGGACCAUGAAGCAUUGCGUCUUUCUAUGCAAGCAGAAAUAAAUGCCAUAACCACUCGAUUCAAUGACCUCACUCGUAAACAUGAGAAAACCUGCACAGAGGUGUUCCAGGUUCAGAGAGAGGCUCUUUUUAACAAAAGUGAGCGACAGGCUGCAGAGACUCAAGUGGCUGCUAUGCAGCAGAAACUCAAUGAAAUACAAGCUCAGUCCAGUCACAUUCAGGAGCUCCAUAAAGGGAUCCAGGAAUCUCAAAAUCUAGUGAAGGAGAAGGAUCGCAAGAUCACAGAGCUUUCUAAAGAGGUUUUCAGGCUAAAGGAAGCCUUAGGAGCUCUUUCACCUCCACUUGGCAUCUCCUCCUCUCCUCAUCAAAACAACAACCCUGGGCAGCAAGUAGCCUUACAGAACAGAGUGGCUAUACUUACUCAGCAGCUCCAGGACUGGGAGAGAAAGCACAAGCAAGUUGUGGCAGUGUAUCGUUCCCAUCUUCUGUCAGCUGUACAGGGCCAUAUGGAUGAGGACGUUCAGAGUCUUCUGUUCCAAAUCCUGAGGAUGUCACAGCCAGAUCACUGAUCUGACACACUUUUAAAAUAAUGCUCAGAAAGUAAGCUACAGGACUGAGAUCAUAUUGAGCCAAAAACAUUCAAACUACUGUCCUGCGCAUUUCUGAUAUAAGUUUAUAACCCAUAGCCUCAAACUUAAACACUAAAGAACAAUUGAGUGCCUUUUUUAGAAUAGCUGUAGCUUUGUUGAUAUCCAAACCUGAAUGUGGACACAGGGUAUAUGUUAGGAAAGUAUACCAAAAUGUGUGACCAGUGGCUGUUUUAUAUAAUUUUGUAAUAAUAAAAGAAAAAGCAAGUUA